AUGAAUGAAAGAGAUGAAUGUUCGGCUGUUAGAGCUAUUAGAGCUUUAGUUGGAGUUAGAGGUGGAACUAAAGUUGGAACUGAAAUGGAGCUAGAUGGGGCUAGAGUUAGAGCUGUUAGAGUUGUAUCUAGAGCUACAGCCGGAGUUAACCUUAUAGUUGGUACUGGACUUGGGGCUGAAGUUGAAGCUAAAGUUGGAGAAUAUGAGUCUUAUGGAGGACUUGUGUUUGUGGAUUUAUCCAUGGUCUCCACUGUUGUUACUACUCUCAUACCUCCCUAUACCUACACGGAGUAUACCGUAACCCUAUAG